CCAGAGUAACUCUCCUCCUCUAUUGGCCAGAAUAUCUACCUCCAAGAUUCUGAUUGGCUGAUGUCGUGGGUUGAAAGGUUAAAUUGUUACGUAGUCAUCUAGCCGUAAAGGGGUGUGUGUCUGUUGUAACCGUGGGUUUUAUUUCAGUCUAAUGUGACACUAAAUUACGUUUUCCUCACAUUGAUUUACCUUUUAACGUCAUGCAUGUGUUGUUGCGUAUGCUCUGAGGGCUGAAGAUGCGCGCAUGCUAAUAUUAGCUUUGUAGCUAACUAGCUUACAAGAUAGCCAGCGAGCUAACUCAGUGACAACUGCCCUUCCAAAAGACUAAAUUGCAUCCAAAGCGGACCUUAAAGUCACUUCCACUUGAAGGCCGACGUAAUGGGUUCUGUCAGAGCUAUGGCGGCCACCAGGUUACUGUGUUCUCUCAACGCGAAAGCUGCACACUCGACCAAAACAUUAGCCAGGUCAUGCUGGAGUGUGUCCCUCAGGAGACACGUAUGCAGCUCACCUUCAGGACUGCGCAGCUGUAUGUCCGCCUGGGUCAUUGAUCAGUACGGUACCAAUGGAGUCCUGAGGUACACAGAAGAAAUGCCUGUCCCCACCGUCAGCUCUGCCAGCGAGGUGAUGAUCAAAGUCCAUGCGGCUAGUCUCAACCCUCUCGAUAUAUCUAUGAAGGGUGGCUAUGGAGCUCAACUGCUGAAAUUGAGAAGAGAUCCGAUGUCUGUGAUGGCCGAUGCCAGUGAGUUUCCUCUGAUUCUGGGUCGUGAUGUGUCUGGGGAAGUGGUGGACUGUGGCUCUGAUGUUACCCAUGUGGUUCCAGGAGAUGAGGUAUGGGCUGCUGUUCCCCCAUGGAAACAAGGCAGUUUGGCUGAAUUUGUAACUCUGACAGAGUAUGAGGUUUCCCAUAAGCCCAAAUUUUUGAGUCACACAGAGGCAGCAUCAAUCCCCUACGUAGCCAACACGGCUCUGUCCGCACUUGUCAAUGCAGGUGGUCUUUGCAGAGACAGCGCUUCAAAUAAAAGAGUUUUGAUCACAGGAGCAUCGGGGGGCGUUGGAACAUUUUCUAUUCAGUUGCUGAAGGCCUGGGGGGCCCACGUGACCGUGACCUGCUCACAGAACGCCGAAGGCCUCGUGAGAGGCCUGGGGGCCGACGAGGUGGUUGACUACACGGCAGGAGAUUCGCUAGAACUACUACAAACGAUGGAGAAGUUUGAUGUGAUUUUGGACAACGUGGGCGGGGGAACGGAAGAGUGGGCGAUGGGCCUGCUGAAGCCCUGGUCUGGGGCUAAGUACGUCACACUGGUAUCACCUUUACUCCUCCACACCGACUCCAUGGGCCUGCUGGACGGGAUGUUUCAAGCCGGGUUAUCGCUGCACAACAAGGCCAUGCAGAACAUUCUAUCGAGUGGCGUCUUCUAUCGGUGGGGAUUUUAUGCGCCGGAUGGGCCUGCCCUGGACGAGGUCAGCAAGCUGGUGGAUGCAGGGAAGAUCCUGCCCGUUGUGGAGGCCCAGUUCCCAUUUACCCAGGUGCCCCAGGCUUUUCAGAAGGUGGAGAAUGGCCACGCCAGAGGGAAGACGGUAGUCAGGGUGGCUGAAGACGAUGACAAACGGGCCCAAGGGCUGAUGCAAUCCCGUCGCUCAGAGGCCGCGUAUUCUGAGCAAGAAGAACAAGAAACGGCCACGCGGAACUAGAGGCCGUCAGCAGAGUGGUACCAAAUGGAUUGAGCUGCGGUUCUUGAAAUGAAAGGUGCUGCCGUUACGCAGCGUAACCCGAGUGUGCCGGCUACUGCUUUUGUACAAGCUCACUGCUUCGAGUGCGGUAGGCGUUUGAUUUCUGCAGCGUUCCUGUCACGGUGACGUCGGCGCGGCGUCCAGCCGUGGACUCUCCACCCAGCUGGCACAAGCUGGCUUUUGGUAACUUUGUGGUUACUGUGAUCGAUCCACCAAGGAGUCGUAUCGUCAACCAGGAGGGCACUCUGUGCGCACCGUCCUCCGCAGAGGCCGAUGCGCUCUAAAUUUGAUUGGGCUCUUCCUAUGGCCCAUAGUAUGACAUUUCACUAGGUUUUAUCAAAUUGAUGCUCUGGGCCAGCUAUUUUUUUUCCCCCCCGAACCGGCUGACAUAUAAAACCAAAUGUAUGUGGGGAGGAAAAACACAUUCGGCUUGAACAUAUCUACAUUUAUCCCACUGGUGAGACGCAGUAUGAUAAGAAAAAUUCUUUUUUUGAAUUUGUCAAUGUUUAUUUGACCAUACCUGCGUCUUAAUCUUGGGAAUAUUUCCCUACAUUAUAUUGCAUCUGACAUGUAAAUACAAUACAACAAAAAGAUGUAAUUUAAAUGUUGGGUCAAAGCAAAUAAUGGAUCUUUAAAGCAUUCAAAAUGUACCUUGUUGUGAACCAAAUGUGGCUCAAUUUCCUGUGCAAUGUAUUUAACAAGUUUAUGGACAAAAAUACAUUUAUUAUUCUGAAAACAGUUUUGU